AUGUUUGCAGAAGAUAGUUGCAUUGAAGUUAAUUGGUUAGAGGAUCUACUCAAGGAGCUGAUGGAGGAGAUAUUUGUCUGGAUUUCAAAUGAAGAGGGAAUUUCAUCCACCACUGAAGAAUUCUUUGAGGAACAAAGCUACAAUUGUUUGAUGCAGAUACGCUACAGAUCAAAGAUUGGCCAAGGAUGCUGCUAUACGGGCUAUUUAAAGAUUGAAGAACUCGAUGAAAAAGAAUCUAUUAUUCUUGAAAUUGCUGACAAUUUCAAAGAUGACAUGAAAGAGAGCGAGACACCCAUCAAUCACCAUCAAGUUUCUUCAACUCACCAUGAGGAUUAUUACCACUGGAAGUCUGGCAGUCAAAUUAGAAGAAUGAAGCCGGAAUUGAACUUUUGA